AACAAAACAAAUUGUUGAGCGAUGAACUGUCCAAAACACGUUUGUUAUUUUAGUUGAUAUAUUAAAACAUUUUAGUUAUUGUACUAUGGAGGCAAGCACUGGAAAAAAUAUUUUGAAUAAGAUAAAAUUUAAAUGCAGUGUCAGUUCUGUAUUAAACAAGGAUGUUAAACAAAAUGGGAAAAAUUUCAUGUUUGAUUCGAUUGAUGAGACGGCUUGGAGUUCAGAACAAGGGAACUCACAAUGGAUAAAUAUACUUUUUGAAGAACCGCAAGAUGUUAAAUAUUUUAAUAUACAAUUUCAGGGUGGUUUUGCUGGUAAAGAUUUAAAAGUAGACGUUGAAAACAUUGACAAUACUCUUAUUCAUUCCCAAGAAUUUUACCCGGAAGACAUUAAUUCAAUUCAAAAAUUUGAGUUUAAUAAUAAAAUUGAAAAAGCUAGUAAAAUUAAAUUUAAGUUUAAUUCUAGUUAUGAUUUUUUUUGUAGAAUUAUAAUAUAUAAGUUAGAAAUAUAUAGCUGAUUUUUAUAAUGUUA